AUGAUGCUGAAGAUGGUCGUGCUUGCCGUGCUGGCCUACACGGCUUACUCCAAGCCAGGGGUUCGUACCAAAGAUCUUGAAUUUACAACACAGGAGCUCUCUCGCUACUUCGGUGUUAAAAGCCACGAAAAAGCCCCGGAAUAUGAGAUCGUGUACCCACUCGUAGUCGAAGCUGAAGGCAAGAGGAGUGUUGGCAAGGGAGCCACUGCCGCCUCAUUCUUAGAACUGGAAGUCGAAGCCUUUGGAGAGACGCUUAACCUCAUCGUAGACCACGACGACAGUAAUUAUGCCCCUGGACUCAAGGUUGAGAUCUACACAGAUGAAGGCAUCCAGAAAGUGCCGCUUCGGACUGACUGCGUCUACACAGGGAAGGUAGCCGGUGAAAAGGACUCUCUUGCAUCCGUAACCGUUUGUGACGGCUUGAUGGCGGUCAUAUUUCGCAACUAUGGCCGUGGUGAGCUUUACAUCGAGCCACUAGAUGACGAACAUGCCGUCAAGCGAGAUGUUGGUCGGGGUCACCCGCACGUUGCCUAUAGGAACAGACCAGUGGAAAGAGGGGCAUUCUGCGAGACAGAACCGCCACCAACUUUGCCGUUAACAUUUGCUGACGAGCCGCCAGAAACCUUGCUGAUUGACACGAAGGCAACGAAAUAUCUGGAGCUGGCAUUCAUUUCCGAUCCAAUGUACACUAUUAUUAAAGGGGGCAGCACCAGCACAGCCACCACGUGCAUUAACACCCUCUUCAACGCGGUGAAAAAUGUUUUGCAAUUGGUUUCUCUGAGAGGAACUGCGCUGGUUCCCAAGCUGACGUAUGUCAAGGUCUUUGGAUCAAUGGAGCCUGGAUUGGUAAUGCAUGUUGAUGCUGACGACUACCUUGAAGGCGCUGCGCAAUGGCAACAUAAUAAUAGGAAAUCGUCCUCAAGCAUUGAGCAUUGGGACAACGCUGCAUUCUUGACAGGAGUAGACAUUUCAAGUUCAACGGCUGGUGACGGUUUACUGGGCAUAGCCUACGUUGGGCAGUGUGGCCAGUGGGGUGCAUCACUCAGUGAAUUCCGUGGAUUGGAUGCCACUGGCACUACCGCACACGAGAUCGGACACAACUUGGGCAUGUGGCAUGAUGCUUCAGGUCCAUCGGGUGGUCCUAGAAACGGCUGCUCGUCAAAGGGUUACUUGAUGGCUCAAUACAAAGCGAAUCCUCGCUUAGAUCUCGGCUGGUCGUCAUGUAGCCGGAGCUACUACGAUACCCGUAUCACUCAGACGACAUGCUACAACGAUGCUUGAAUUUUUACCAGGAUGUGAUUCAAAUCGACAAAGCGGGAAAAUGAUCGACAUUGUUUUUCUUCUUUCGAUUUAAAGACUUUAAAAUGCAUUAAAAAUAGGUCACUUGAAAGUAUUGUUUUCAUUCGUGAAGGACUGUUUCCACUGUUCAGCUCUUAUACCAAUACCGAUAACACUCUACACGUAUAGAACCCUGUUUUCUUUUCACAAAACGUGCUAUUAGGUAUUCACAUUAAUCUCUUUACCCCGGGAUAACAAUAAGGCGUACGACGAAAUUAGUGACUGAAGUUUCAAAAUUAACAAAACGCUUAGCUGCAGACCACUGUCAGGCAACAUUUUUGGUUUGAAACAGACUGUUAAUUUGAAGAGACCACAUUUCUGGCGGAUUUUAACAUUAAAAAGGACUUGAUGAAAGCCACCAGAUUUCAUUGUGAAAUUUCCAAAACAGUCUCCCAAAUUGAGCCUCUUCACCUGUAUUGUUCACCCAGAUUAUGUUUACACUUAUGAUCAGUCAUUAAUUGCAAGUCUUGUACUGUUCCCAAAC